AUGCAAUGUUUUAUCAAAAGGGAUAAGUCUAACCUCACUUACCAUCUAUACCUUUGUCUCAGUCCAGCUUUGUUGGUUGAGAAUGGAAAGUUUCUUCUUUCGGCGAAACGCAUAAGAAGAAGUACUUACACAGAGUAUGUCAUCUCUAUGCACGCAGACACCAUUUCAAGAUCAAGCAACACCUACAUUGGCAAGAUUAGGUCUAACUUUCUUGGUACAAAGUUCAUUAUAUACGACACACAACCUCCACACAACAACAAACCCUCUCAGGCGCCCCAGCCGCUAGGACUUAGCCGCAGGUUUUACUCAAAGAGAGUAUCUCCUAAAGUCCCUAGCGGCAGCUACAAGAUUGCUCAAGUGUCUUACGAGCUAAACGUUCUUGGCACUCGAGGUCCAAGGAGAAUGCACUGUGCUAUGCACUCUAUUCCAGCUUCUUCUCUUGAGGAAGGUGGAACAGUCCCUGGACAGCCAGAGAUCAUUGUCCCACGCUCUCUUCUUGAUGAGUCUUUCCGUAGCAUUACCUCGUCAAGAAAGUUCACUAGCGACUACUCAACUGAGUUUAACAGCGCUAGGUUUUCAGACAUUCUAGGGCCCUUGGGAGAGGACAGAGAAGAGGUGUUUGGAGAAGGAAAAGAGCGGGUUUCACCGCCUCUUGUGCUUAAGAACAAGCCACCAAGGUGGCAUGAACAGCUUCAGUGCUGGUGUUUGAACUUCAGGGGACGUGUAACGGUUGCAUCGGUUAAGAACUUUCAGCUCAUUGCAGCAAACCAACCACAGCCUCAGACGUCAGGACAGAGCGAUGGUCCAGACAAGAUCAUAUUACAGUUUGGAAAAGUGGGAAAGGACAUGUUCACUAUGGAUUUUAGGUAUCCACUCUCUGCGUUUCAGGCUUUUGCUAUAUGUUUGAGCAGUUUUGAUACUAAACUCGCUUGUGAAUGA